AUGACCAACCCAGCACCAACACCCCGGCAAACCCCUGACACCAUCACAACCAGGGGCUUCAACGGGAGUGUGACAUUCAGCUACAGGCUGUCUGAUGGCGUCAGCCCCACCACGCCCACCGCCACGGUGACCAUCACCGUCGCGAACCCACCAGACCCGGCCGCUCCCGUGGCUGUGGGCGAUACCUAUCCCUGCCCCUUCAACGCACCAUGCACCGCCAACGCGACAGCUGGCGUGCUGGCAAAUGACUCAAGCGCCAAUGUGGGCAGCAGCUUAGCAGCCACCCUGGUGUCGCAGCCCAGCAGUGGCAGCGUUUCCCUUGCCAACGACGGCUCGUUCGUGUUCACCCCACAGGCGGGCUUCAACGGGAGCGUGACGUUUGUCUACCGGCUCUCUGACGGCGUCAGCCCCACCACGCCCAGCGCCACAGUGACGCUCACCGUCGCCAACCCGCCAGACCCAGCCGCCCCUGUUGCUGUGGCUGAUGCUUACUCCUGCCCCUACAACGCGUCUUGCACUGUCAGCGCGGCGGCUGGCGUGCUGGCCAAUGAUUCCAGCGUCAAUGUGGGCAGCAGCCUUGCAGCCACCCUGGUGUCGCAGCCCAGCAGUGGCAGCGUUUCUCUGGCCGCAGAUGGAUCGUUCGUCUUCAGCCCCCAAGCGAACUUCAACGGGAGCGUGACGUUUGUCUACCAGCUAUCUGAUGGCGUCAGCCCCACCACACCCAGCGCCACCGUGACCAUCACCGUUGCCAACCCGCCAGACCCGGCGGCGCCGGCUGACCCUGUUGCUGUGGGCGACACCUACUCCUGCCCCUUCAACGCAUCGUGCAGCGUCAAUGCGACCGCUGGCGUGCUGUCCAACGAUUCCAGCACCAAUGUGGGCAGCAGCCUGGCCGCCACCCUGGUGUCGCAGCCCGCCCAUGGCAGUGUUUCUCUGGCUGCAGAUGGAUCUUUUGUUUUCACCCCACAGGCGACCUUCAACGGGAGUGUGACAUUCACCUACAGGCUGUCUGACGGCGUCAGCCCCACCACGCCCAGCGCCACCGUGACCAUCACCGUCGCCAACCCACCAGACCCAGCAGCGCCGGCUGACCCUGUUGCUGUCGGCGAUGCCUACUCCUGCCCCUUCAACGCAUCGUGCAGCGUCAAUGCGACCGCUGGCGUGCUGUCCAACGAUUCCAGCGUCAACGUGGGCAGCAGCCUGGCCGCCACCCUGGUGUCGCAGCCCGCCCAUGGCAGUGUUUCCCUUGCAGGAGAUGGCUCAUUUGUGUUCACCCCACAGGCAGGCUUCAACGGGAGCGUGACAUAUGUCUACAGGCUGUCUGAUGGCAUCAGCCCCACCACACCCAGCGCCACCGUGACCAUCACAGUCGCCAACCCACCAGAUCCGCCAGCGCCGGCUGACCCCGUGGCUGUGGGUGAUGCCUACUCCUGCCCGUUCAACACAUCGUGCACUGUGAAUGCAACAGCUGGCGUGCUGGCCAAUGAUUCCAGCACCAAUGUGGGCAGCAGCCUUGCAGCCACCCUGGUGUCGCAGCCCACACAUGGCAGUGUAUCUUUGGCUGCAGAUGGCUCAUUUGUGUUCACCCCAGAGGCGGGCUUCAACGGGAGUAUGACAUUUGUCUACAGCCUGUCUGAUGGCGUCAGCCCCACCACGCCUAGCGCCACAGUGACGUUGAUUGUGGCCAAUCCCCCAGAUCCCCCGGCCACCCCUGUGGCGGUGGCUGAUGCCUACUCUUGCCCAUACAACGCAUCGUGCACGGUCAGCGCGGCUGCUGGUGUGCUGGCAAAUGACUCAAGCGCAAACAUUGGCAGCAGCCUGGCCGCAUUGCUGGUCGCACAGCCCGCGCACGGCAGCGUCUCCCUGGCGGGCGACGGCUCAUUUGUCUUCACCCCGCAGGCGAGUUUCAAUGGGAGCGUCACGUUUGACUACAGGCUCUCCGACGGCGUCAGCCCCACCACACCCAGCGCGACGGUGACCAUCAGAGUCGCAGACCCCGGAGUGCCUGUCGACCCGGUGGCUGCCGCCGAUGCCUACUCGUGUCCCUUCAAUGCGUCAUGCACUGUCAACGCGACAGCAGGCGUACUGGCCAACGAUGCGAGCAACAACGGCGGGGCAAGCCUCACUGCAACCCUGGUAUCUCAGCCUGCCAGUGGCAGCGUAACUCUUGGGGCGGAUGGUUCGUUCGUGUUAACUCCACAGGCGGGCUUCAACGGGAGCGUGACGUUUGUCUACAAGCUGUCUGAUGGCGUCAGCCCCACCACGCCCAGCGCCACCGUGACCAUCACCGUCGCCAACCCGCCAGACCCAGCCGCCCCCAUAGCUGUGGGUGAUGCCUACUCCUGUCCCUUCAACGCGUCGUGCGUCGUCAACGCCACCGCUGGCGUGCUGGCCAACGAUUCCAGCGCCAAUGUGGGAAGCAGCCUGGCAGCCACCCUGGUGUCGCAGCCCGCCCACGGCAGCGUCUCCCUUGCAGGCGACGGCUCAUUUGUAUUCACUCCACAGGCGACCUUCAACGGCAGCGUUACUUUCACAUACAGCCUAGCAGACGGCGUCAGCCCCACCACGCCCAGCGCCACAGUGACGCUCACUGUCGCCAACCCGCCAGACCCGGCGGCGCCGGCCGCCCCCAUAGCUGUGGGUGAUGCCUACUCCUGCCCCUUCAAUGCUUCGUGCACCGUCAACGCCACCGCUGGUGUGCUGGCCAAUGAUUCCAGCACCAAUGUGGGGAGCAGCCUGGCCGCGACCCUGGUGGCGCAGCCCGCCCACGGCAGCGUCUCCCUUGCAGGAGACGGCUCAUUUGUGUUCACCCCACAGGCGAGCUUCAACGGCAGUGUGACAUUCACAUACAGGCUGUCUGAUGGCGUCAGCCCCACCGCACCCAGCGCCACCGUGAGCAUCACCGUCGCCAACCCACCAGAUCCGCCAGCGCCGGCCGCCCCUGUGGCUGUGGGCGAUGCCUACUCCUGCCCCUUCAAUGCGUCGUGCACUGUCAACGUCACCGCUGGUGUGCUGGCCAACGAUUCCAGCGCCAAUGUGGGGAGCAGCCUGGCCGCGACCCUGGUGGCGCAGCCCGCGCAUGGCAGCGUCUCCCUUGCAGGAGACGGCUCAUUUGUGUUCACCCCACAGGCGACCUUCAACGGGAGCGUAACCUUUGUCUACCGGCUGUCUGAUGGCGUCAGCCCCACCACACCCAGCGCCACAGUGACGCUCACUGUUGCCAACCCACCAGACCCGCCCGCGCCGGCCGCCCCUGUGGCUGUGGGCGAUGCCUACUCCUGCCCCUUCAAUGCGUCGUGCACUGUCAACGCCACCGCUGGCGUGCUGGCCAACGAUUCCAGCGCCAAUGUGGGGAGCAGCCUGGCUGCGACCCUGGUGUCGCAGCCCGCCCAUGGCAGUGUUUCUCUGGCCGCAGAUGGCUCUUUCGUAUUCACCCCACAGGCAAACUUCAAUGGGAGUGUGACGUUCACCUACAGGCUGUCUGACGGCGUCAGCCCCAUCACACACAGCGCCACCGUGACGCUCACAGUCGCAAACCUGCCACCCGCCAGCACACCGAGCCCGUCGCCGUCCCCGUCCCCAUCACCGAACACCACCACCGGCAGCAACAACACGACCUGCGCCGCACCGCUCGCCGCGCCCACCAUCUCCGCGCCCGCGGCGUCGCGCGCCGCGUCGGUCCAGCUCCUCGUCUCCUUCGCGGCCGCCGCCGCGCGCGACGCGUUCUGCCCGCCCGGCGCCUCGGGCGGCGGCGGCAACUGCACCUUUGCGGUCACCCAGCUGGUCGGGGCCGGCGGCGGUGGUGGCGGCGGGGACGGAAGCGUGACAGCGUCGUGCUCUUCGCCGUCCGCGCUGGCGUGCAAUCUCACGCUUCCCUUGGCUGGCGGCGACGGCGUGUACGGGGUGCAGCUGCUCCCUGCGGAUGCUGCAAACUUCAGCUGCGCGGAAGGGCAGCCGCCAGUCGUGCCUGCUUUCCAGGUGUUGGUGGACACCUCUCCGCCCAGCGUGACGCGGGCCGCGGUCGUGGACCUGCCCACCGCAUCAGACCCCUCCUUCAGCGUCCGCCUCGAGUUCGACAGCCCCGUCGCCUUCACCGCCGCCCUCGCGGCCCAGGCCGGCGGCGCCGCGCCCGCGCCCGCAGACGCUGCGCUGCAGCUCGCGGACGCGCGGCUCGUGAACGUGACCGCCGACGCGGCAGCCGCGGCGCCGCUCACGUUCUACUUUGCGCAGGGGGACGCGGCCGGCCGGCAGGCCGCGGUCGCGGCGACGGCGUCGACGGCCUAUACCUUGUGGUUCGAGGCGCCGCUCGGCGCGGCGGCGCGCAUCAACGUUCCCGGCACUCAAGUGUACCGUUCCGCGCAAGCCGUAUCCUCCACGGUGGCCGCCGGGACCGCAGCCGUCGCGGCGGCGUCCACGGCUGCGGGCGUGGCCGUUGGCAGCGGCGGCUCGACCAGCCUCAUGCGCAGCAUUGGGCACACGCAGUUCCUGGCCAUGAGCGUGAGCAUGGCCGUGCCGUUCCUACCCGCGGAGUACGUGCGCCUCUGCAAGGGUCUCGACUGGGUCAACCUGGGGAAGGGCCUCAUCGGCUCUAAAGAGAACGCCAGCAGCGCCGAAACGAUCCCCAGCGCCUCGAGCCGGCGCCUGCAGCAGGCAUGGCAGCAGCCGACGACGGGCGGGCCCGGCGACGCGGACGGCCCUGCGGUGCAGCCAGGAGGCGCGCCUGUGCAAAAGGCGGGCGACGCCGCGCAUGAGCAGGGAGUGGCCACGCCUGAGGCGGCGCGCCGCCAUCUUUCGCAAGACAGCGGUGCCGCGGCGGGCUCGAAUGCGGCGAGCUCGACGCUCUCCGUCUCAGACCCGACCGCCAUCGCGUUUCUGUCGGGGGCCGCGGACAGCGCCACGGCCGUGUUUGCGGCGGCGCGGCCGCGGACGCUGUAUUCACCGGGGGACCUGGGCUUGGCGGCGGGCCUGCUGGCGGCGGCGGUCGCGGCGGCCACGCUGCUGCAGGGCGCGCUGGUCCUGCUGCUGCGCACCUGCAUGAGCGCCAGGGACCUGCCCUUUAUCCUCUGGACUCCCAAGCCCCAGCUCAUCGCCUAUGGCCUCUUCGUUAUCCCCGUGGUCUACGGCGCAGUCAAGCUGGCGGCGGCUGCCAUCGCGGACGGCCUGGGGCUGGGCAGCCGCGAGGCGGCGGCGGGCGUCGCGACGGCGGUGGUGGCGCCGCUGCCGCUGCUGGCGUACUGGGCUUAUGUGCUGUGGCCCCGGGAGGACGGCCCCCAGGGCCGCCCCAUGCCCAGCCGCCUGGCGACGUCCCCCGGCUCUGAGGAGCCGCGCGCGGCAGGGGCGGCGGCCUACCAGCAGGCGCCACCCCUGCUUGAGGCCGCCCCCUCCCCCCCGCGCACCCGCAGCCGCGGCGGUAGCACGGCGCUCGCGAACGCGGCCGCGGCCGCGUCGGCGGCGCUGCUCGGCAACGGCAGGCAGUCGCAGCCGGGGGGCAGGCGCAUCAGCAUGUCUAAUCCACUCCACACCAUCCUCUAG